AUGAGGCAUUUGUAUGGGAACUUCAUGAAGUACUACCAAAGUGAUGUUUUCACUGAGCAUUUGUAUCCAGCAGCUAGAAGCUACACUGAGGGCUUGUUCAAGUGGCAUAUGCAGAAAAUAUAUAAUGUAGCUCCAGAUGCUAUAGAUUAUCUUGAGGAGUUCCACUCCAGAAUUUGGUACAGAAGUGGUUUCUCAGAAGCAAGCAAGUGUGAUUACUUGACAAAUAAUGUGUCUGAGAGCUUCAAUGCACAGAUAAGACAUCUAAAAGGUUUGCUGCUUCAUGAAUUGGUUGAUGGGUUUAGAGAAUUGAUCAUGGAGAAGAGAUAUCUGAGGAGAAAUAUAGGAGAACAGAUGGAAGAUGGAGUAUUGCCAAAUGUGAUUAAGGAACUUAAUGCCAUAAGCAUGAACCUGCAGGUUGUUAAAGUAUCCAGGAGUGAUGAUGACAUAGCAGAAGUGACUCUAAUUGACAAGUGGAACAACACUAGAAGGCAUUCUGUGAACCUGAAAACCCACAAAUGUUCAUGUAGAGAAUGGCAAGUGACAGGCAAACCCUGCAGGCAUGCCUUGGCAUGGAUUUUGUCCAACAGAGGCCUGAACAUUGGGGAUUAUAUGCAUGAGUACUACUCAGUUGCAAGGUUCAGAGCUGCAUAUGAAGGGAGAGUUGAAGCAUUACCAGACAGAUCCCAGUGGCCAGUUGUGGACCUUGGCUUCAAAGUGUAUCCUCCUUUACUGGGUAGAUCAGCAGGCAGGCCUAGGAAAUUCAGGAUUCGGGGAUGUCUAGAGAAAAAUGCAACAAAAAAGAAAGAGAGAUGCAGAAGGUGCAAAAAAUUUAGUCACUUCUCCAAGACUUGCCAGAUGCCAGUUGUUGGAGAAGAUGGAGAAACUGCCACUCCAAAGAAGAGAAAGAGACAGGUUGCUGAGGACAUAGCUGGACCAACUCAGAAAAAUAAGAAGAAGAUUUCCCCCAAGAGAAAGAAGACCCCAAAGAAAAAGAAGACCCCAUCCAAGAAAAAGCAAAAGCAAGCUGAAGCUGCACCUGCUCCCAGUGUUGUGAGGAGUCUGAAAGCCUGGCUGAACACUUCUGCUGGAGGAUCUGAGGCCUAA